AUGGCCGCUGUGUCGCCGGGCGUUGGUGUUGAUGACCCGCCGCGCCCCGGGAAUGAGGAGUGGACCGACAUGUGCGGCGUCGUGGGUGAUACCAGUGCUGAGUGCUGGCUGGGCGCUGGCGAUUGGCUUUCGCUCUUGCAUUUGCUUUUGGACCGCUUCGACGCUGGCUUGACGCUUUUGCUGCUUCCCCCCAAUGGCGUCGCUAACUGCGGCCUGCUGCGCCUGAUCCUGGCCUCUGUGCCUGUGCCUGUGCCUGUGCCUGUGCCUGUGCCUGUGCCUGUGCCUGGCCUUGUCCUUGGGCCUGCAUCAUGGCAUCAUUAUGUUGCCCCUGAAAAUUCUGCAAAAUCAUCGCCAGCUGCAUCGGGGCCAUUUGCUGCUGCUGCUGUAAUUGCUGAAGGUGUUGCAAUUGCUGAAAAUGCAACUGCUGCUGUUGCUGCUGUGCUGUCAUCUGUGCUCCAAACUGUCCAUUCUGUUGCAAAAUACCUCCCGAGCCAUCCGCCCCCUGUCCGGUACUCGCUUGAAACCCCGCCACCUGUUGUCCCGGAGCCUUGUUAA